CCCCUCUCCGCCACCCUCGACGGCCUCACUGUCCUCGAGCUCACCAGCACCGACCAUCCGGGCCUCAUCUCGGAGGUCUUCGCAGUCCUCGCUGACCUCCGCUGCACCGUCGUCGAGGCCAAAGUUUGGACCCACAAUGGCCGGCUCGCCGCCCACAUCUUCAUCCGUGAUGAAGAUUCCGGCUCCUCGAUUGACGAUCCCCAGCAAAUCCACCGCGUUGAGGCCCGCCUCCGCCAUGUCCUCAAGGGCGACCACGACAUCCACGGUGCCAAGACGGCCACCGUGCCUCUGCCGUCACUCACUCACUCCGAUCGCCGCCUCCAUCAGCUCAUGUUCGCCGACCAUGACUACGAGCGCAUCUCCUCCCCCGAGACCACCUUCUCGUCCUCAACAUCAUCGUCGCAGCCGUCCGUUUCAGUCCAGCACUGGACCGAGCACGAGUACUCGAUCGUCAAUAGGAUUGCGAUCGGAGCUGCGCACAAUGGACCGAUGAGGCCUUCUCGCCGAUGUGACCCAGAAAUUCCGGGAGAUGGCCUCUCGAUGAUGAGGAUUGAGGUCUCCACCAAAGGCCAAAUGGUGAUGAAUGUAUUCUACGUCACCGAUGCUGUCGGCCACUUGGCCGACCCCAAGAUGAUCGAUGUAGUGAUUGAGAAGAUUGGCGUCGAGAGCCUCAAGGUGAACGACGAUCGACCGUAG